GUGUUUCUUUCUCCCAGGCAGACGCGCGCUCUCCCUGACCCGUUUUGAGUGACAAGCGCGAGCCGGCUGUGGCUCCGCCCCCACCUUUAGUGUAUUUUUCUUUUUGCCUGGGAGCUGAGGCGAGGAGACUCCAACUGAGAGCGAGCUUGGUUACGCAUUGCGGCUGAAGGGAAAAGAGUCGCCAGCAGUGGCUUGAGGUCGCUAGCCAAGCGGGGGGAGCAAUAAGGAGGCUGAAGCUUUCCUUACUGCUGGGCUGACCGAAGUGGGCGGAGCCUAAAGCUCGCCGCCGCUGCCGCCGCUACCUAUCCAUUCAGUCACCUAAAAUGGCUGGAGAGAGGAGGUGGAGGAAGAGGAGGUGAGGCCGAACGGAGAGGAGAGCGCGCGCGAGCGGGUCCCCUCGCAGAGCAACGCGGCGCGCGCGCGCUUCAUGGCGUAAGGAGAGCCGCUGCCGACAAGAAGGGUCCACGCGCCGCCUGAGGCGCCCUUCCUCGCCUCGCCCCCUUGGAGCCUUUCCUCGGAGACAUGUCGUCGGCCGCGCAAGAGGAGAGCUCCGUCAGGGUCGCCGUCCGAAUCAGACCUCAGCUAGCAAAAGAGAAGAUUGAAGGAUGCCACAUCUGCACAUCUGUCACACCUGGGGAACCCCAAGUGUUCCUGGGAAAAGAUAAAGCCUUCACUUUUGAUUAUGUAUUCGAUAUUGAAUCACAGCAGGAGGAAAUCUACGUCCAUUGUAUAAACAAACUGAUUGAAGGCUGCUUUGAAGGAUACAAUGCUACUGUGUUUGCUUAUGGUCAGACAGGAGCAGGUAAAACAUAUACAAUGGGAACUGGAUUUGAUGUGAACAUAAUGGAAGAAGAACAGGGCAUUAUCCCACGUGCUGUAAAACACCUGUACAAGUGUAUUGAAGAAAAAAAGCAUGCAGCUAUUAAACAAGGACUUCCUCCUCCAGAAUUUAAAGUGAAUGCCCAGUUCUUAGAGCUUUACAAUGAAGAAGUACUUGAUCUCUUUGAUACAACACGGGAUAUUGAUGCGAAGAACAAAAAAUCAAAUAUCAAAAUCCAUGAAGAUUCAGCAGGAGGAAUAUAUACAGUGGGAGUCACAACGCGGACUGUUAAUGCAGAAUCAGAGAUGAUGCAGUGUUUGAAGCUGGGCGCUUUAUCUCGAACCACUGCCAGCACUCAAAUGAAUGUCCAGAGCUCCCGUUCCCAUGCAAUCUUCACUGUACACUUAUGUCAAACUAGAAUUUGUUCCCCAAUUGAUGCAGACAAUGUGACAGAUAAUAGAAUAAUAUCAGAGUCAUCAGAGCUGAAUGAAUUUGAAACGCUUACGGCUAAGUUUCAUUUUGUGGAUCUGGCCGGGUCUGAGCGGUUAAAGCGUACAGGAGCCACCGGAGAGAGAGCAAAAGAAGGCAUUUCUAUCAACUGUGGACUAUUGGCACUGGGAAAUGUAAUAAGCGCACUGGGAGAUAAGAGUAAGAAGGUUACCCAUGUACCAUAUAGAGAUUCAAAGUUAACUCGACUAUUGCAAGACUCUCUUGGAGGAAACAGCCAAACAGUCAUGAUAGCAUGCGUAAGCCCUUCAGACAGAGAUUUCAUGGAAACACUGAACACUCUAAAGUAUGCAAAUCGGGCACGAAAUAUCAAGAACAAAGUGAUGGUCAAUCAGGACAGAGCUAGCCAGCAAAUUAAUGCACUGCGGAGUGAGAUCACUCGGCUGCAGAUGGAACUAAUGGAGUACAAAACGGGUAAAAGGAUUAUAGAUGAAGAAGGUGUUGAAAGUAUUAAUGACAUGUUUCAUGAAAAUGCCAUGCUACAAACAGAAAAUAACAACCUGCGAGUCAGGAUAAAGGCCAUGCAAGAGACGAUCGAUGCACUCAGAGCCCGAAUCACACAGCUUGUGAGCGAUCAGGCCAAUCAGGUCCUUGCCAGAGCAGGGGAAGGUAAUGAAGAAAUCAGUAACAUGAUCCAUAACUACAUCAAGGAAAUUGAAGAUCUCAGGGCAAAACUACUGGAAAGUGAAGCUGUAAAUGAAAAUCUUCGGCGCAACUUGUCGAGAGCUUCCACAAGAUCAACAUAUUUUGGUGGCCCUUCAGCAUUUUCUGCUUCAAUGCUUCCCUCUGAUAAAGAAACAAUAGAAAUUCUUGAUCUAGCUAAAAAAGACUUAGAAAAACUGAAGAAAAAAGAAAAGAAGAAGAAAAAGAGGCUGCAGAAACUUGAGGAAAGCAGUCAAGAAGAAAGAAGCACUGUCAAAGAGGAGAACACUGACAAUGAACAGGAGAAGAGGGAUGAAAAAGGCAUUUCCGAAAGAGAAAAUCAUGAACUUGAAGCAGAAGAAUGUCAGGAAGUUAGUGAUCGUGAAGAUGAGGAGGAUGAAGAAGAUGAAGAUGAAGAUGACAUGGAAGUGGUUGAAAGCUCAGAUGAAUCAGAUUCUGAUUCUGAUGAAAAAGCACAUUAUCAAGCUGAUUUAGCAAAUAUCACAUGUGAAAUUGCCAUAAAGCAGAAGCUGAUCGAUGAACUGGAAAAUAGCCAACGAAGACUUCAGACCUUGAAAAGACAAUAUGAAGAGAAGCUCAUAAUGUUACAGCAUAAAAUUCGAGACACUCAGCUUGAAAGAGAUCAGGUGCUUCAAAACCUGGGAUCAGUAGAAUCUUGCUCAGAAGAAAAGGCAAAAAAGAUUAAAACAGAAUAUGAGAAGAGGCUCCAGUCCAUGAACAAAGAACUUCAGAGGCUACAGACUGCUCAGAAGGAGCAUGCACGGUUGCUGAAAAACCAGUCUCAAUAUGAAAAACAACUGAAAAAACUGCAGCAAGAUGUUGCAGAAAUGAAGAAAACAAAGGUUCGCUUGAUGAAGCAAAUGAAAGAAGAACAGGAGAAAGCAAGGAAGAAUGAAUCACGAAGAAACAGAGAAAUUGCACAACUUAAGAAGGAGCAGCGAAAACGAGAGCAUCAGCUAAAACUUUUGGAGACCCAGAAAAGGAAUCAAGAAGUUAUUCUGCGCCGCAAAACAGAAGAGGUUACAGCUCUUCGUCGACAAGCAAGACCUAUGUCUGAAAAGGUGGCUGGGAGGGCAAGUCGGAAACUGAGCCUACCUGAGCACUCCAAUCAAGAACCAAGUGCUGGUGUGUCAUCGGGAGACAAUGAGGGAUCCAGAGGAGCCUCACAACAGAAGAUGAAAAUACCUGUAGCGAGGGUUCAAGCAUUGCCAGCAGCUACAACCAAUGGAACCAGGAAUAAAUAUCAAAGAAAAGCAAUGACUACAAGAGUUUACACUUCCAAGGGAGCCAGAAUGAAGUGGCAAUUGCUGGAACGCAGAGUAACUGAGAUUAUUAUGCAGAAAAUGACCAUAUCCAACAUGGAGACUGAUAUGAACAGACUGCUUAAGCAACGUGAGGAACUUACCAAAAGGAAAGAGAAACUUUGCAAAAGGAGGGAGAGAGUGAUAAAAGAAGGUGGUCCAGAUGCUGACAAAAACAUCCACAACAUCAAUGAAGAGAUGGAAUCUCUAACAGCAAAUAUAGAUUAUAUCAAUGACAGUAUUUCUGACUGCCAAGCAAGUAUUAUGCAGAUGGAAGAAGCAAAGGAGGAAGGAGAGACUCUAGAUGUUACAGCAGUUAUCAAUGCUUGUACGCUAACAGAGGCACGAUAUUUACUUGACCAUUUCCUUACAAUGGGCAUUAAUAAGGGUCUACAAGCAGCUCAGAAGGAAGCUCAGAUUAAAGUCCUUGAAGGACGCCUUAAGCAAACAGAAAUUACCAGUGCUACUCAAAAUCAGCUGCUAUUUCACAUGCUGAAAGAAAAGGCAGAAUUGAAUCCUGAACUUGAUGCUCUGCUGGGCCCUGCAUUGCAAGACCUAGAUAGCAUACCGUUGGAAAAUAUGGAUGACAGUACAGAUGAAGAUGCUCCUUUGAACAGUCCUGGGGCUGAAGGAAGUUCCUUGUCUUCUGACCUCAUGAAGCUUUGUGGCGAAGUCAAGCCUAAAAAUAAGGCACGUCGUAGGACCACAACUCAAAUGGAAUUGCUUUAUGCUGAUAGCAGUGAUUUAGCCCCAGACACCAGUACAGGAGACACAGCUUUGGCUGGCCCUCUUUCAUCUCUUGCAGAAGUUCAGGAAGGCGGAAUGAACACUGAUAUGAAAGAGUCUCCAACUAGGGAUAGAGAGGUCAUUCCUCCGCAGUCAGGCUUGCCUUCUAAGACUGGCAGCAUAUCUAGACAGUCAUCUCUGACAGAAAAGAAAAUCCCAGAACCCUCACCUUUAUCAAAGAGAAAAACCUAUGAGAAAUCUCCAGAUAAACCAAAGCCAAAAGAACAAAAACACUCAGAUUCUGGAACCUCAGAGGCUAGUCUGUCACCUCCUUCCUCCCCACCAAGCCGAUCCCGUAAUGACCUGAAUGUUUUUAGCCGCCUUACUGUUUCCCAAGGAAACACGUCAGUUCAGCAGGAUAAGUCUGAUGAAAGUGAUUCCUCUCUGUCGGAGGUACACAGAGGUAUAAUCAACCCAUACUCUUCAAAAUCUGUUCGCUCUUCCCCAAUUCAAUGUAUCCAUAUUGCUGAAGGUCAUACAAAGGCGGUGCUUUGUAUUGAUUGUACUGAUGAUCUCCUCUUCACUGGAUCAAAAGAUCGCACUUGUAAAGUAUGGAAUUUGGUAACUGGACAAGAAAUAAUGUCUCUGGGUGGUCAUCCCAACAACGUUGUAUCUGUAAAAUACUGUAACUAUACUAGCUUGGUCUUUACAGUUUCAACAUCUUAUAUUAAGGUGUGGGACAUCCGUGAUUCUGCCAAGUGUAUUCGGACACUUACGUCUUCAGGCCAGGUGAUGCCCGGUGAUGCUUGCUCUGGGAGUACCAAUAGGACUGUGACAAUUCCCGCUGGUGAAAACCAGAUCAAUCAGAUAGCCCUAAAUCCAACAGGAACAUUCCUGUAUGCAGCUGCAGGAAAUGCAGUGAGAAUGUGGGACCUCAAGAGGUUUCAGUCCACUGGAAAACUAACUGGUCACCUGGGGCCUGUUAUGUGCCUUACAGUAGACCGCAUUUCUAAUGGACAAGAUUUGAUCAUUACUGGCUCAAAGGAUCAUUAUAUAAAGAUGUUUGAUGUAACGGAAGGCGCCCUUGGAACUGUCGGCCCCACACACAAUUUCGAACCUCCUCAUUAUGAUGGCAUUGAAGCACUUACUAUUAUAGGAGACAACCUUUUCAGUGGCUCUAGAGAUAAUGGGAUCAAAAAGUGGGAUUUGGCUCAAAGAGACCUCAUUCAGCAAGUUCCUAAUGCCCACAAGGACUGGGUUUGUGCUCUUGGGCCCGUGCCUGGUUCCCCUGUGCUUCUCAGUGGCUGCCGUGGAGGCAUUCUGAAGCUCUGGGAUGUAGACACCUUUGCACCAAUAAGUGAGCUGAAAGGACACGACAGUCCCAUUAAUGCCAUCUGUACCAACUCCAGCCAGAUUUUCACAGCAUCAGAUGAUCGAACUGUCAGGAUCUGGAAAGCUCCCACCAACCUGGAUGGACAGAUCUCAGAUCCUGGGGAUACAAGUGAAGAUGUGGCCAGUAAUUAAACAGGAGCUACAGUGCUGAACACCUCAAGCUGUGGUGACUACGCUCUUAGUGCAAAUCACAUUGCAUUUAGUAGGCAAAUGCUAGCAGCUGGGAAAAAAACUCGGAAGAUAACAGCUCAUCUCUGCUAUUAAGUGUGUUGUGUUCUGCUAAAACUUCUGCCCUUAAGAACUGCCCCUGUGUACUGUAUUUAAAACACUAGUCUGUUGGUUAUAUGUACGUAUAUGCUUGUCUCACAUAUAACGGCUGGAUUUGUGUGCAUAUAUAAGCCUCGUAAUUUAAACAAAUUGGAACUCUGUUGGCUUGAAUGGCAGUCUCCCUCAAAUACAAAAGUGCCCAGUGUACUUCACUCUCUGACCCUUCUCUUCAGCCGAACCUCACACCCACAGUCACAUUGAAUGUGCUGGUGUAGCUAUAGCCUCACUUUUCAAGCCUCUAACAGAAGAGAAAUGGCAGGAGUGGAUGUCCUAAAAAGUUUACUUAUGUUUUGCUGCUAUAGAAGCAUUAAGACUGAAGUUUCAGUAAGCAGGGACAGAAUACUGUCCGGACUGCCACGCUAACAAUGGAUGCCACGUGGCCUGUGUUAAUUGUUAGCAAGCAUAUACACUCUUGUUGACCAAAGUUGUGGAGCUAUGUCUACCCUGUGCUCAGGACUAGAACUAAAAUGCUGUUGAACUGUAAACAUUUUAUUAGUGCUUUGCCUUCCACGGUAUUCUUACAGAAAUAGCUCGAUAUAUUUUUCUUAUGACCUGUUUCUAUCACCCUCACGUGUUUUGUUCUGGAUUUUUCUUUUUUCUUUUUUUAAAGAAGUGUUCUUUCUUUUUAAUCUAAUCAGAUAUGCUGCUAAAUAUGUUCUAAAUAUGUUUGUGAAACUUGGCAGUUGCCUAUAAGAACUGUACCAACUGUGUCAACAAAGGCCGUGUAAAUAACUGGGUUGUAAAGAGAAACUAUCUUAAUAAUGUGCCUGUGUGAUUUUUUUUAAAAUGCUGUGGAGUGGAGAUGGAAUGAGAGAGAUGUAUAAUUUAUCCAGCUUUUUCAGGACAUUAAUUUGUAAAUUCAGCAAGUUUUGAAUGUUUAUAAUAGUCAGGAACCAGUGUUUUGUUGGGUUUGCUGGCAGAGAAAAGGGGCUUGUAAAUGUAAAGCUUGUGGUAGUUGAUACUUAAAUUAAACAAAAAAAUUGCACACAA